AUUCAGUUGCCCAUCGAAGCCAGCACCAGAUAGAGCGUGAUUUCGAUUCCGAUUCCAAUCGAAGAUUUAACCGUGUGGCCAUUAUUGUUGUUGUUGUUGUAGUUGUUGUUGUUGCUGCUGCUGUUGAUGCCGUUGUCGGCGGGAAGAAUACACGCUCUCUCGUAAAGGAACCACACGUUUCGGUGAAAUAGCCAUCAAUUUCCAAUGCUCUGCUGGGAAGGAGCCAGUGAUUAUGACACGUCCCCGUCUUCUCAGGCGUUACAUGCCAACACCUUUAUGCAUUCGAGUCGGAAAUCGAGCGUACCGAUGCCCUGGAGCUCGACUACCCAUGCCACUCACAAUAUGGAGCAGAUCUCCGGACCACCGAUACGAGUCAGCACCUGUUACCAAACGCCUCGUUCCCAUCCCUGGCGACCAACAAUGGGGUACGAGGCCGUUCAAGUGACACCCCUCCACGAACAACCCAUCACCAACGCAUUGGUUGCGUCUUCCUAUUCCCCAGCAGCAAUAUGUUCCGAUCCGGUUACCUUUCCGAACCUUGUCACGGGCUUUGAACGUAAUCCCCAGCACGCUGCACGCGCUGCCCUUUACACCCGCUACACGCCAAACGAGUGGACAUCGUCGAACGUUACGACUUAUGCCGAUGCGGACAAGAAUCGGAACUAUUCGGAGAAAGUCCGUUCGGAAGCUGUUCGGCUGAUGCGGGAAACAGAUGAAAAAACAUCCCAAGGGCAGCGAGACGCUGCUAGACGGCUCGGAGAACGCAUAACUGAUAUUACGUUCUGGAGGAAUGAAUUAACAACCGAGCUGGAGAAGCUUAUUGCUGAGUCUGCCCAGCUGACCGACACUAAACGUAACGUCCAAAAGGCGUUACAAGACCUGGAACCACCGUUGCACAUUGCCCAGGAAUGUCUGUACCAUCGAGAGGGUCGCAAAAGCAUAGAACUCGUACAUGAUCAUGUGGAGAAGAGCUUGCUAGUUGAGGUGGACAACUUACGAUCGUGUCAGGAGAAACUAUCCCAAUUGUUGGCUCGCAUCACCAAGCAGUUGGCCGACUGUCGAGCGGCCCAACACUCACUGGAGGAUGACAUUAGUCACAAGGAGUCGGCACUGGGAAUAGAUUCGCUUUGCCAUCAGCUGAAUAACUACAGUCGCGGGAUUAAUUACUACGGUGGCAUUGAAAAGUAUGAUCCGACCGUUAGUACACCAGGCACAUGGUCCGGCUCGAGCAGCACGCGCAUUAACAACUCCCAUUCAGAGCGUUCGAGAUCCUGUCAGCUGCGUAGCGAUGCGGAGUCGCUAAUUAAUGCCGUAGCCACUUCCGUUUGGGACAGCUGGAGUAACACCAAUAAUGCAUUCAACAACCGGUCGUCGGAAAUGCUCGAAGCGAAGAGUAAAAUGCAACUUCAACUGCACAAGACUCAGCAAGAAAUAUUCGAUAUCGAAAAACAUAUAGAGCUUCUACGCAAGGCAAUACACGACAAAUCGAAUCCUAUGAAAGUGGCGCAAACAAGACUCGAGGCACGUGCUCACCGACCCGGAUACGAAAUGUGUCGCGAUAAUGCACAUUUGCGUCUCGUGGAGGAGGUCUGCCAUAUUCAGGACUCGGUUUCGACGCUCCACCGAAAGCUACAGGAAGCGGAAUCCCAGCAUCAACAGUUGCUUAAAACGAAAUCCCAAUUGGAGAACAACCUUAAGCAGAAGGUGGAUGCACUAUUCAUCGAUAGAGAGAAAUGUAUGGGCUUACGUCGCUCAUUCCCGGUUAACAACACGAUUAAAUAUUAGAAACGAAAAUUAGCCCGAUAUUUGCUUCAACCACGAAUCACAUCGCAAACGAGAAUCGACAUCAAACAUAAUUGUUAUCACAAAAUUAGGCAUGAAUAAAGUUCGAUAUAUUACUUGCUUUC